AUGAUUGUGUUCCUCGGUGCAUUCUAUCUCACAUCGCGGAACCGUGGAGAGAUCAACUACCUCGCCGUAUUUGGUGGCGUAGCAGCGCAGUUUAUCCUUGGUCUACUGGUUUUAAAGACAAAGGUCGGGUACGAUGUCUUUGACUUUAUUGGAGAGAUGGCCAAGAAGCUGCUGGGAUACUCGGCAGAAGGUACCGUCUUCUUGACAAGCAAGUCGGUCUUGUCGGCGGGCUGGUUCUUGGUCGCCGUCGCGCCCGCAGUCAUCUUCUUCGUGGCCUUUGUACAGCUCCUGCAGUACUGGGGCUGGAUUGGUUGGCUGGUCGGUCAUUUUGCCACGGUAUUUACCUACCUGCUUGGCAUCUCGGGAGUAGAAGCUGUCGUGGCAGCCGCUUCGCCUUUUAUCGGCCAAGGCGAGUCUGCCGUCCUGAUCCGCCAAUUUAUGCCGCGCCUGACGGACGCCGAGCUCCACCAGAUCAUGACCUCUGGAUUCGCCACAAUUGCCGGCAGCGUCAUGUCAGCCUACAUGCAGAUGGGCAUCAGUCCUGUGGCUAUUGUGUCGUCCUGCGUCAUGAGCAUCCCCGCAUCGAUUGCACUGUCAAAGCUACGCUAUCCGGAGACGGAAGAGCCUGUCACACGGGGACAGGCACCGUCGCGAAAUGAGACACACGACGAACAAGUACAGGUCAAUAUGGAGGAAGGACACCCAGAGUUCCGUCAACGGGAGGGCUCUUAUGCAGGGGAGCAGGUUGUCGAGGAAGAGCGGACCUACAAUUCACUGCAUGCUGUCGGCCGUGGUUCUUGGCUGGGACUCAAAAUCGCGGGCAUGAUCGUUGCCAGUGUGCUCUGCAUUAUGGCACUGAUCGGUCUUGCCGAUGGUCUGCUCGGCUGGUGGGGAAGCUACGUCAACGUUCCACAGCUGAGCAUCCAGCUAAUCUUGGGCUACGUGCUGUAUCCUGUGGCAUUCCUGCUCGGUGUUGACCGCAACAACGAUGGCGGCAGCGACCUGCGCAAAGUCGCCGAGUUGCUGGGCAUCAAGAUUGUGGCCAACGAGUUUGUCGCCUACGGCGACCUGACGUCGGACCCGCAGUACAGCACGCUGUCGUUGCGAUCGCGCAUCAUCGCCAUGUAUGCGCUGUGUGGCUUUGGCAACUUCAGCGCUGUGGGCAUCCAGAUUGGUGCCUUGACGCAGCUUGCACCGAGUCGAUCUGGCGAUGUGGCACGUGUAGCCCUAUCAGCGCUUAUCACGGGCAUCGUCGCCACCCUGACCAGCGCCAACAUUGCGGGCAUGCUCAUGGAUGGCAGGGGUGUGUGA